AGAAUUAUCUGCUUUGCAACUGACAUGUAAAUAAAGAGCAAGGUAACCACUGGUGGCGGCUCCAGAGGGGUAAGAAGCGGCCAGUUCCCGCAGUGCCCAGGCCUGACGGAAGCGUCCGGGCAGAACGCACUGAGGACACACGCUUUACCCACGCAGCCAGAAGCUGAGCAGCCAAACGCUCCCCGGGGGCAUUGUGUGCGCGCCGGGCCCAGCGAUCGCAGGCCCAGGGGGCAGCUCCACCACAGGAGACAAGACACGCCUCAACCGGGCGAAUUCCCGGCCUCCUCUGGCCAAGAGCCAGCAGCCGCCGUCCGCCACCUCUUUUCCUCCUCCGCUGCCGCCCGGGCGGCCCCGCCGGACCGCGAACUCGCCCGCGCCUCGGCCCACGGCGCUAGCGACGCGGUUGGUACAGGACCGAUGUGGCGCAUGCGUGGUGGCGCCAGCAGGCGCGGGAGCUGCGGUGGCGGGGACUGCGGCGGGGACGGCCGCGGGCAGGGCCGCCGAGGCGGAGUUCGUGGGGGUGGCGGCGACGGCGGUGUGGGCUGGCGAGGCCGUGCGGGUGGCGCCCGACAACAGCUGGAGGAACGGUUCGCCGACCUGGCAGCGAGCCACCUGGAGGCCAUCCGCGCGCGGGACGAACGGGACCGGCAGAACGCGCGGCUGCGCGAGGAGAACGCCCGGCUGCGGCUCGAGAACCGGCGGCUGAAGCGCGAGAACCGCAGUCUGUUCCGUCAGGCCUUGCGGCUCCCCGGUGAGGGCGGCGACGGGCUGCCCGCGGAGGCGACGAGGGCGACUCCGGGCCCGGAGGCCGGCACGAACCGGAGGGUGAGAGGCGGCGACCCCGAGGACGAACCGGGCAGCCCCAGGGCCUUGAGGGCCCGGCUUGAGAAGCUGGAAGGCAUGUACCGCCGGGCGCUGCUGCAACUGCACCUCGAGCAGCGGGGACCGCACACGCGUGGGGACAAGGAAGAGCCGCCUCUGGGCGAGCCUCACCGGGGCCUCCCACCCCUGGCCUCGGAGCCCCCAGAGCCGGGGCUGUAGCCUGAGGCCUCAGCCCGGGAGAGGCGGAGCCUCGCGUGGGCCCCGCCUCCUCCCGCGUUCGGCGCCCCCCCCCCACGAGCCCCCCCCAACGCCAAGGCC